AUGUUUUCCUCAACACUGAUGGAUGAAGUCAUGGCCCAGCCUUUCUAUCCUGCCGAUGACGACGUCGGUUUCGAUGCACAAUCGAAGCGGGAAGCUCUGUCGAUAUCUCAUACCCUUCAGAGUGAUAGUCAGCACGAGGUCCUGGACAGGAACCUGGGCUGCAUCAGUACUGAGGGCGACUUUGAGGCCAAGGGCCGAGGCGCGACAAGACGGCGGAUCCAAGUUGCAUGCAUGAGAUGCCGGAAACGGAAGAUCAAGUGUAGUGGCGAUGUUGGUGAUGGCCAAGGUUGUUCUAAUUGUCGGAGUGCUGGAAACACACAAUGCCAUUUCUUGAGGGUCAACUCGUCUAUUCUGCAGACGAAGGUUCAUGUUCCCACGGGAUCCGGAUGGCCCUAUCCCACAAAUGACAUGGCUUCCCGAGCAUAUGCGUCCUCUGCGGCUUCCUCUAAGACAGGAGGGUUCCAGAUGAACCAUAACAACCCUCGUAUCUCUCCAUUCUCACGGGCUUCAGACUAUGAGGUGACACCGGACACUCAGAAUUCAUAUGGCCGACAACCAUUUGGCCUUGAUCCUACAAUCAGCUACGAGGACGAGUCUUCGACUCCUUACAAUUCCCAGACUUCUUCCGCCACCUAUAUGCUGCCAAGCUCGCCGCAGGCAUUCAUAGCAGACUACUGCGGGCUGAGUUGGAAUUCGAAAAACUGGGGCGCAAUUCUGCAGGGGUGUCGAGUUCCCACCGAACCGAUUUUCUCAGAGAGUGAUGCAGGGGGCGCCCUAACCCAUGCGCCCUUUCCCUACAUGAUUCCUGGACUGGGCCAAACAAAUGGAGCCCCAAGCAUGGCGCUUACCCAAGGUUCAUUGCCGUCCCCAACUCAAGGAACGGAACGAACUCUGCCAAACCCCACCGGCCGAAACACCUUUUUGGGGAACAAUAGUGGCCCUGUCGUAACCUCUGACGGGCUACCAUCUGUCCAUACCUACAAGUCAGGCAAUCGUUGGGUGACAAAAUGUGAACCUCGCACACCCAUGCCGUCAGGCUCAACCAUGCCCUUCCAUCAUGGAAUAAUGGAUCGAGCGAAACUAAUCCCAUCGAAUGGGAACGACAUGACGUUUGGGUUUUUACCAUCAGGCGGUGCAACCCCACCAAUAAUGCCACCGUCAUCCGGAUCUUUUGCGGGCCUGGAAGCCGCACCAUGCGCUGCCGAGGCAGGUGAUGAGUUACGUGGAAGUACGGACGCUCGAUACAGAACCUUCUCACGCGACAAUAGGCGAUUAGUAUCGCACACGGACUAUCGAACCGACACAUAUGGUUAUAGCAGACCAGCCUACAGGAACCGCUCCAUGGCGGACGACUCGAACUCUGAGAGCACGUUGAUCAAUGGACUGCCGUACACGCGGUCGACGCACUCAGUGAGCCUCCCUCAGACCGACGGAAAGUCCGUUAUACAGUCUAUGGCCGCGCACCCAAACUUCACCGGUCUCUGCUCCCAGUGA